CUAUUCUCCGCCUCCGCUGGCGCUUCUGGCUCCCCGCGGGGGUUCUUGCCUCCGAAGAUCUCCAAAGGCAGUUUGCAAGAGGAGCAGACGGUGGUGUUCGUCUGGAGUUGGUGACCCAGUUGUGGUCAAUGACAUAUGAAGCCAAGUCUGCAGGGCACUUCUGAGAGAAAGUUUUCCUCCUUAUCAGCUAUCUUGGAACUACGAAGGACGGAGCCAACCCACGGAGGCUGCGGAAUGGAAAGAUGAAGGAAUCUAGGUCUUUAAUGAUCUUGUUGAGCUGUUAAAUUAACCGACCUUGCAUCAGGCCUCCCUCUGAAGUUUUUGUUAUGCGAUAUUGUUACCAAAAGUCGCUCAAAAGCCACUGAAGAGGCAAGCAUCUUCAAGGCCACCGACACCUGCCCCAUGCUUCAACAAGUUAUCCUUGAUGGCUUCUGGAAGCCCAUUUACUUCUGCUUAACUAAAGACUCCUGCCCCCAUUUCACCUUCUCCUGCGGUGACUGAGGAGGUGGUAGGAGGCCGCUAGUUCGAAGUUUCAAAGGGACCUGCAAACCUGAACAGCGGAGUCGGAGCCCUAGCCCCGCCGCAGGGUCAGGAGCGCCCGGGGGCUCCACUAGGAGGCUCCGUGUCUCUCUAUGGAAGGGGUGCGACCCGGGAAAGCCUUCGUGGCUAUGUCCCCGCUCCAGGGGCGUGUAGCUCGCAGAGAGGCCAGCCCAGCGUCAUCGCUCCCGAGGUUAUCAUCAGAGCGCAUUUCCACGUGGCUCUGAGUCCUCACAUCCCGCUGCCCUCGGGAGGCCUUUUCUCGUCGCGAGGUUUUUAGGCCCGACGCUCGCUCUCAGCCUCUCGGGAGAUUCCGGCAGGCCUCUGUCCCAGAAAACCAAAGGUCCGAGCUCUCUGCCUCGCUUUGCGAGCCAGGAGAAGUGCGUCCCUUCUCGCUUGCCUUAUGCCGGGCGAGGCGGAGACCGCACUACCGUGCCGCCAGCCGGAGGGGGGGACGCUCACGUGCGGUCCUCUGUUUUCCAGCCGGUAGCAGUGGAUCCCGCGAAACCACCGAUCAGCCUACCAGGGUCAGUAUUAUAUUGUUCUGAGAGCUCUCACAAGAGGCAGACAAUACCAUCCACUCGAGCUCGGCUGCAGACGCGCCCCUUCCCUCCCCCCUCGGUUCGUCCGGACGGCCCGCAGUUGCAAGCGCGCCAGCCGCCGCCGAUUUGCCUCGGCCUUUGACAGCUCGGCCCGAGCACCUCCGGGCCUCGAGUCCCGGCUCAAGGGGCGGGGCGAGGCGGGGCGAGCGAGCACUGGGCGGGGCGAGUGCGAGCGGCGGCGCUAGGAGGGAGCGCCCGAGCCCAGCAGAGCCGAGCGGAGCGGAGCAGGGAGGUGCUGCGGUGAGGCAGGCAGAGCCUGGCCGGCCGCCUGCGGCUCCGCGCCGAUCGUGCUGCGUCCCCGGGCUCCGCGCACCCCCGCCUCUGCCCAGGCUCCCGCAAAACUUUUAUUCUCUAGGGCCCCCUGGGUGUCUGAAGGACUCGGAGAGCUCGGCCCGCUCUGCGCUCCCCUGCGGCGGCGACCAAGGGGACGUGCAUCUCUCACCCGCGGGGCUCUAGCGCCUCGCGCCUCUUCACCUGCCGAUCGCUCCCCGGAGCAGCGAGGGGGCACCCGCGGAGGCGCCGCGGGGGCGCCAGCGCCCCGGAACUCUCCCGCCCACCGCGGCAGACCCGCCCGGCGCAACUUUAACUUGAUUUCUCUCGUCCAGCCCCGGCACCCGCGACUGCUGCUGCCACCGCCGGCGUCUCGGCAGCCGCCGCCUCACAAAGGGGCGUAGGGAGGGGAGGCGGCGCGGGCGGCUGGCUCAGACGUCGGUGUGCUGGGCGCGGGCCUUCGGGCCGCAGAGGCCGGGAGACAAAAGGGAAACUGCCUCUGUUCACCGUGCGGGCUCGGAGCUGCCUGCUUGUCCAUCUUCCGCCCGGCUCCGUGAGCCUCCUCCCCCUAACCCUCGGCUGCUGCUCCGCCUCCCUCCCCGCGGGCUUUCCCCGCAGUGCUCCGGGACCCGGCGAGCUUUCGGGGCGCGCGUCGCUGCUGGUGGUUGGGGCUCUAGCGAUAAUAAAUGAUAGAGGAUACAAUGACUUUGCUGUCUCUACUGGGUCGCAUCAUGCGCUACUUCUUGCUGAGACCUGAGACGCUCUUCCUGCUGUGCAUCAGCUUGGCGCUGUGGAGUUACUUCUUCCACACGGAUGAGGUGAAGACCAUCGUCAAGUCCAGCCGGGACGCCGUGAAGAUGGUGAAGGGCAAGGUGGCCGAGAUCAUGCAGAACGACCGACUGGGAGGGCUCGAUGUGCUGGAGGCCGAGUUUUCCAAGACCUGGGAGUUCAAGAGCCACAAUGUGGCCGUGUAUUCCAUCCAGGGCCGGAGAGACCACAUGGAGGACCGCUUUGAAGUUCUUACGGACCUAGCCAAUAAGACGCAUCCGUCCAUCUUCGGGAUCUUCGACGGGCACGGGGGCGAGACGGCAGCUGAAUAUGUAAAAUCUCGACUCCCAGAGGCCCUUAAACAGCAUCUUCAAGACUACGAGAAAGACAAAGAAAAUAGUGUUUUGUCUUACCAGACCAUCCUCGAACAGCAGAUUCUAUCAAUUGACCGAGAAAUGCUAGAAAAAUUGACUGUGUCCUAUGAUGAAGCAGGCACAACGUGUUUGAUUGCUCUGUUGUCAGAUAAAGACCUCACCGUGGCCAAUGUGGGUGACUCGCGUGGGGUCCUGUGUGACAAGGACGGGAAUGCCAUUCCUUUGUCUCAUGAUCACAAGCCGUACCAGCUGAAGGAAAGGAAGAGGAUAAAGAGAGCCGGUGGUUUCAUCAGUUUCAAUGGCUCCUGGAGGGUCCAGGGAAUCCUGGCCAUGUCUCGAUCCCUGGGGGAUUAUCCGCUGAAAAAUCUCAACGUGGUCAUCCCAGACCCAGAUAUCCUGACCUUUGACCUGGACAAGCUCCAGCCCGAGUUCAUGAUCUUGGCAUCAGAUGGCCUCUGGGAUGCUUUCAGCAACGAAGAAGCUGUUCGAUUCAUCAAGGACCGCUUGGAUGAACCUCACUUUGGGGCCAAGAGCAUAGUUUUACAGUCGUUUUACAGAGGCUGCCCUGACAACAUCACAGUCAUGGUGGUGAAGUUCAGGAAUAGCAGCAAAACAGAAGAGCAGUGAACCCUCUGGGGUCUCAGCUGCCUUAGACUAAAGGACUUUCAACACACUGGUCUCUUUUAAUGUAGUGAAAGGUGUGGGCGUUACAGUUAGGAUCAUCCAUCCCAGACAUGGGGUUCCCCAUCCCCGGCCGUCUUAAGUCUAUGUGCCGUGAUGAACAGAGGAUGUUCUUGGCCAAUGUAGUUGAGAGGCUGGAAAAUGGUUUCUUCGUGUUUUCCCAACUCUUUCAUCCAAUGUGCAAAAUAUAUAAAUAUAUAGCUGUAGAGUCACAUGUAUGAAGUGAACGGCAUAUGUGCCACAUAUUCUCCUUUUAUGAUUGUUUUCAAGAUCCCUUACAGGGCCCUCCAGGCAUCAGACUUUGUGUCCUCUCAUUGGAGCAGUGAGUCAGGGCCGAUGUGGCCACACCCUGUGCUGAGGGGCAGAGCUGUCCUGAGAAUGCUUUGUCCUCUUGAGCCCAGGUUUUCUGCUCUGCAGCAGCCCUGCAGACACAGAUUUGGAAAUGGUUUAUUAUUCCGUGGCUACUCUUGGAGGCUGAGGGACGUGGGGAGGAUGAGAGCCGCCUGCACGGCAGAAGUAAACUUCUUCCCUCGCUUUCUUUAUUAGUUAAAUAGACUUUGUGUACCACCUGACCAGUCUUUGUGUGUUUAUCCUAAUCAUGCAUGACCUUAAUCUUUGGCCUACACCUUACCUAAUGUAAUAGGCAGCUGUUAAACUUUACCACCAGACACCACGAUUUUUUUACAUUACCAAGUGAAAAAAGCAAAUCACAGUACCAUAAUCCCUGCCACCUUUAAGAGUAGAUAGAAGACACCAUGGCCGAAUAAGUCACAGCGCCCCUUGGGAAGUCUGCUAUUUGCAUUCAGAGAGAACGCUGGUGAGGUUGCCACCUCGAAUCGAGCUCCAGCUGCCCAGUUUUGUGCAUCUUUUCCUCUCCUGUUCUAGUAGCUUUCAAGUGUCUCUGAAGCAGUGUUCUGAGAAGCAGCGGUGUAGAACUGCAUGUGUGCUCCCGGAAGCCGAGUACAGAGUUCGCAGCCAAGUUUUGGAAUUUGGUGGUUAAGUACUGGGACGCGCUUCCCCUAGACAGUGGAAAGGCAGCAGUCUUUAACAUCUGGUUGCAAACCACUGAGUUAUUUUUGCGGCCAGACUUGCUGCUUUUCAUUUCUUAUCACCAAAGUCACAUUUCCAAUCUCAGUAUUUUAUAAGUUAAUUACAGAAAAUGCUGGGUCAUCCUGUUUCCCUGGCUGAGGGGCUCAAACAGCCAAACAAGAUUUUCAUUGCAUCCCCACCCCUCUGUGUCUGAAAUGCCAGGGCGGCCACCUGGUUUUGUCCUUCCAGAGUGAGCAUUUGCCUUUAUAGCUUCUCAAAGGCCCCAUUCACCGGCCACCUCCUGCCCACGAUGCCGCUUCCCUGCUUGCUUCAGCUGUGGAGCGUUCCUGAAGCAGGUUCUAGGAGUGAACUCAGGAGGAUGAAAAGAUUCCCUUGUGGCUGCCAAGGACUGUAAUCUAUCUGGAUUCCUCUGAGCACUUAACCUUUCUUUGACUGAAAGAAUGACUAGUGGUUUCCCAAGAGACGUGCUUACUUUGGUAAACUAUAACAUUAGAAUUUACAGUAUGAGAAUUAGAACCUCGGUUUUUUUUCUUCUUUUUUUUUAAGCCAUCUAGUACAAAAUACCUGCCACCAUGUUAGAUUGGAGUAUCUGCCUAUUGAGAGGCACUGAACAUUUGGAUGUGUGUAUUUGAGGCGGGGGUUGGGACGGGAAUGUGGGAAACAUGCAGGUUGUGAUCAGUGAUGGGACAGUCAGGCCAGGUGGCCUGAGUUUGCUUGGUGAUUUUAGGACGUCCUGAUUCUGGAGAGUUACCAAAGCCCACCCUCUAACCGGAGUCCAGGAAUAAGCAGUGUCAGCGUAUUACAGUAUGCAGUUAAUUUUCCUUUUUUAUUUUUAACUUAACCCAAAAUUCAUAAUAACGAUGGAAAGAUAUUUUUAAAUGCUAUGAUCACUGUGAUUGUCUAAAAUGAAAACGAUACUGUUUUGGUGAAGAUGAAGGAGAAAAGCGACUUAGUAAAUUAGUGUUUAUUUGCCCUGCAAAAUGUCUUACUAGAUGGUGCUGAGUGCAGGAGUGCAUGGCUUUCCUUCUGAGUUCACAAGGCAUCUUCUAAACUUUGCUUUGUAGAAUUAAUUCAUUUCUGACUUUAAUCAAGUAGUGCGUGUAUUUUUUACUCCCUUUCUGCCUCUUUUUCUCCCACUUUGGCUUGUAGAUUUUUGAAAAACAGAAGUUCUAGGCAAAAUAGUAGCAGUUUGAUUAAUAGUUAUGUCUCAAAAUCAGGCUACUUUGUUCCCUUCCCCAUCCUCCUGGAGCUCUCUCUCCCUGAGCCGCCUCCAGCUGUCGGGGGUCUGCAGACAUCACCCGGCAUGCCCUGUGGCUCACCGGCCAGCCACUCCCAUUUUCCAGGGACAGGGAAGGUUGAGUCUAGUUAGGGAAAUUGAUUUGAGAAGUUUGCAUGUGAAGCUUCCCUAAACAGCACUGCCAAAGCUUUGGAAUCGUCACCCAGACCCCCUAGCCUGAGUUCGCAUUGCCAAUAGCCCCCAUGGUGCCAAAUUUUGGAAUGGUUUUAUAGUCUUUUAGAAAUGAAGCUGGGAGCCAAUGAUCACCUGCUUAUGAGCCCCCAGCAAGAUGCCAAGCCCAGGUCUUCAUUAAUGCACUGCUCUCCCGCUGCUCCACUGGCAAUUUGUACUCUUAAAAUGGGUUGGGAUUGGGGGGGUGGGGGGAGAGACAGGGAAACUUUUUUUUUAAUUCACUGUAUUUGCAAUUCUCUAAUAAAAGGAAUAAAUAAUACUUAUAUGGAAAACUCCAAAGCUAGUUCCCAAGAUCGGCAUUUAUUUCACAUGACCAACUUGCCCAAGGCACUUAACUCUGAGGACGCUGUUCUAAUGCAACAUGACUGUGCAUCUUACUGGUAACCAGUGGCUACAUUCCAUUCCUUGCCUUGGACUGAAGGCAUUGGGCUCUAGAAUCUUGUCUAUGUGGUAAGAGUAUUACAGAGUGUUUUAUAGAGUGAUGGAGCAUAUGUGAUCUGGAUAAUUUAAAACUUCCCUGGUGGCGCAGUG